UCCCGGGUGAGGCACCUGCGGAGUUUGCAGCCAGGGCGUCGGAAGGACCCCAUGCCUGCAUCCCUAAGAGGUGGCCUCGCGACGGAGUUCCCAGGCCACGCUGCCCACCAGCAGAGCAUGUCCCAGCUGGACCCGGAGGAGCUGGCCGAAAUAGAGCUGCGGAGAGAUGAGGAGGAGGCGGCUGUGCUGGGCACAGUGAGAAGGCCCUCGGUGGCACCCGUGGCAGGACAGGAGCCCGCGCUGAGCAUGCACCACCCCUUCUACGACGUGGCCAGGCACGGCAUUCUGCAGGUGGCAGGGGAGGACUGCUUCGGGAGACGCAUCGUCACCUUCAGCUGCUGCCGGAUGCCCCCCUCGCACGAGCUCAACCACCGGCGCCUGCUAGAGUAUUUGAAGUACACGCUGGACCAGCACGUGGAGAGCGAUUACAUCAUCGUCUACUUCCACUACGGGCUGAACAGCCGCAACAAGCCGUCCCUGCAGUGGCUGCAGAGCGCCUACCGGGACUUCGACAGGAAGUACAAGAAGAACUUGAAGGCUCUCUACGUCGUACACCCCACCAACUUCAUCAAAGUCCUGUGGAACGUCUUCAAACCCCUCAUCAGUCACAAGUUUGGGAAAAAAGUCACCUAUUUCAACUCUCUGAGUGAGCUCCGUGUGCACCUCAGAUGUGACCAGCUGGCCAUCCCCCCGGAAGUCGUGCGGUACGACGAGAAGCUCCGGAACCUACGCAAGGGCGGGCCGCUCCCACCCACCAAGACGCCGCCGCCCCGGCCCCCUCUGCCCACGCAGCAGUUUGGCGUCAGUCUGCAGUACCUCAGAGACAAAAACCACGGCGAGCUCAUCCCCCCCGUGCUGAGGUUCACGGUGACAUACCUGAGAGAGAAAGGACUCCGCACAGAGGGCCUGUUCCGGCGAUCGGCCAGCGUCCAGACCGUCCGCGAGAUCCAGCGGCUCUACAACCAAGGCAAGCCCGUGAACUUCGACGACUAUGGAGACGUCCACGUCCCUGCCGUGAUCCUGAAGACCUUCCUGCGGGAGCUGCCCCAGCCGCUGCUGACCUUCAAAGCCUACGAGCAGAUCCUGGGGAUCACCAGUGUGGAGAGCAGCCUGCGUGUGACCCGCUGCCGCCAGAUCCUGCAGACCCUCCCGGAGCACAACUACGCUGUGCUCAGCUACCUCAUGGGCUUCCUGCACGAGGUGUCCCGGGAGAGCAUCUUCAACAAGAUGAACAGCUCCAACCUGGCCUGUGUCUUCGGGCUGAAUUUAAUCUGGCCGUCCCAGGGGGCCGCCUCCCUGAAUGCGCUGGUGCCCCUGAACCUGUUCACCGAACUGCUGAUCGAACACCAUGGGAAGGUCUUCAGCGCCCAGGGAGCCCGCGGGGAGCCGGGCGCCGGCUCGGCAGGGCAGGAGAGCAGGGCGGCUGCUUCCCCAGAGGCCUCGCCAUGCCCGGUGCACCUCGGUCCCCUGGCAACCGCCGGGAGCCUCCGCUAG